AUGUGCUUGACCGAUCUUGCCAGGCGUGAUGAAACCAUCGUAUACAUGGGACCUCAGUGCUCCCGGCGGGCAGAGACACAGAUGAAUCAUGUCUGGAAGGUUUUUUUCUUUUUUAUGUAUGUAGGGAUAGCAAAAAGAUAUUUGCCACAAACUGCUAGCCAUGCUUUCACUUUUAAAAAAAGCUGUGCUUAUUCUCCUCCUCCUCCUUUUUUUUUGUCAUUGCCUUGCUGUCACAUUCUGAAAACUUUGAAAGGGCAGCUACCUGUCACACUGAAUAAAAUGUGCAGCCACUGUCCACAGUUUGCUUUUGUUUCUUCUUCUUCUUUCUUCUUCUGCAUGUGUCUUAUUCAGUCAGACACGCACAUAAAAAUAUUAGAGUUGUUUUUUUUCUCUCAGGUUCAUAAAGCUGAUUAUUUUUUACCACAUCCACUGAUAGAAUGGAUACAAUACAAUGCCCUUCUGUCACUGGACACCCCCCAGCACACUAACUGGUCAGCCAGCUUUAGCUUUCCCAUCCCACUCUCUAUGCUUUCUAUUUAUGUUCAUCCUAAUUUCUCUCCAGGACUAUUUUCUCCCAGUGACGACGCACUGCUGUCACUUGUUGCCCCUCUUCAUCUGCUUUAUUUUUGUCUUCUUUCUCCAUGCAACUCCUAUGGCCGGGCUGAUGGAGUUGUUGCAAUGGUUGGUAUGCUGGAAUCCUUCAUCGUCAACAUUUGUGCGUUGCUUUCCAACAUACUCCGUGCUUUAUGGACAAUAUUAGCGUCUAAGCCAGACGAUUUGGCAGCGUUAGGGCCUUUGCACAGAGAUUUCAUGGAGGAUUUGAGUCCCAGAAAACUGGCUGAAAAACAGCUGAAGCAACGGUUCCUGGAGGCCUUGCAGACCAACAACGCACAGGAAGUCCUUGAGAUUUUACAAACCAGCAAACUAGACAUUGACGUUGUGUUGGAGGUGGAAGAUCCCAGCAUGGUCCUCGCCUCGUACAAACAAGGAUACUGGCUACCUGGCUACAAACUGGAAAAGUCCUGGGCCAUGGGUAUCCAUGUAUGUGUAAUGUACAAUGCUGUGGAGACAGCGCUGGUACUCCUUCAGAAAGGCGCAGCUGUCAAUCAGAUGCCCAAUGGGAAGACGCCUCUGCACGUGGCCUGCGAGGUGUCCAAUGGAGACUGUGUGCCCUUGCUUUUGGCUCACGGGGCAAAGGUCAACAGCCUGUCUCUGAGCGGGCACACGCCGCUGCACUACUGCAUUACCCGGGAGUCUGUAGAGUGUGCCAAGCAACUUAUACUCAAAGGUGCAAAAGUCAACAAAGCAAGCCACAACAACGAAGAGGACACACCUCUACACACGGCAGCCAGAUUCGGUGUUCCAGAGCUGGUGGCUCUCUAUUUGGCUCAUGGAGCAUCUGUGAAUGCAGUGAACUCUCUGCAGGAGACUCCUCUGAUGACUGCAGCCUUCUGGGCUUUUGACACUAAGGAGCAAACCUACAGCCAAGACCAUCAUCUAGUCUGUCGCCUCCUGCUGGACUAUCAAGCUGAUCCCAACAUUCAGGAGGCAGACCACAAAACAGCUCUUCACAAAGCUGCCUGGAACUGCGAUCACGUCCUGAUAAAGAUGCUGCUGGAGGCUGGGGCAGAUUCUCGAGCCAUGGACAUCAACGGCUGUUCUCCCAUUCAGUAUCUCCUUAAAGUGACGGAAGUCAGGCCUAUGGCCAUGCCAGACCUCUGCUUUCAGCUGCUGCUCAACUACAAUGCAGCACGGAUUUACCCACCACAGUUCCACAAGGUGUUCCAGAACUGCCAUGACUACCCCAGAGUUGUAGAAAUCUUGGUUAACUCCUAUAGCAGUUUAAAACCCACAAGGAAGUGGAGAGCUGCUCUUCCUGAUGACUGCUACAAGCGCCAUAAAGACUUCUACGACUCCCUGUUUGCUGUUUGCACCGACGCUCCUCGCAGUCUGCUUCACCUCUCCAGAUGUGCCAUCAGAGCUGCCCUGGGCAGUUUCUGUGACAGAGGAGUAGCACAGCUGCCUCUGCCAUUAUCCAUGAAGAAGUAUUUAUUACUAGAACCUGAGGGGAUACUGUACUGAUAGAGACUCUGGUGUUCUGAUGUGCAGAAUGAGGCCUAAUGACCUGAAUAGAAACAUUUAUUAAGUGCCUCUCCGCUAACUGUGGAAAUGAAAAGUGGUGCAAGAUGUAACAUCAUCAUCAUUAACAUUUUAUUUAUUUAAAACACCUCAGAAAGCACAGAAAAAGAACAAAAAAAGGUAUUUUUUGUGCUUGCAGGAUGAGCCAUUUCUGUGUUUUAGUUAAUAGCUGCUAACAUUCCAGGACAGCUGGCAGGUCGGAGGGGAGAUUUGUUAAAAUAGCUUUAAGAUGCUUCCAGAUGUUAAAUCCUCCUCAUUGGUGUUUUUGUUGUAUAGAUGGCAAUGGUGUGUCUAGUCUGAAUCUUAAGGCAUAGUGAUAUAUGUAAUACAUAUAAAGGCUUGAUAGUGGAGGGCCUGCCCAAAUAAAUAACUUCCCUGUAACAUAUUGUGAGAAAAUUCUUACCGAAAUUUUGUUUCUUGUAAAUAGUGAAAAAUAUAUAAAGUAAGUUCUUUUUUUUCCAACCCAAAUGACUCCUAGUUUUGCCUUCUCUCUGUUAGGUUGUUAUUAUGAGAAAAAACUACCACAUUCAGAAUUUCUUGCAUUCAAAAAUAACACAACCAUUUGGUCUUUUCAAAGAUAAGGACCAAAUUAUGGGGGCGUUAAAAGUUAAAUGAGAGCUGUGGAUUGACAUUUUUGUCUGUAUAAAGAGAAGGUGUCCAAUUCGAAGGACAGAGCUUCGAACACUGCCUGUCGUGACACAGUGCACCCUGAAAACAAAAGCAGCUUCAUGAUUAAUCAGUAGUGCAAAUAACACAGCCAAGGUUUCUACAGCGUCUGAACCCACUGAAAGAGGUUAUUAGUAGUUAAUUUGCUCCAUAUCAAUUUUUGAGGAUAUAAAUGUAGAAUAUAUUGAAAAAAUGAAACUAAACGUGACGUCAUGCGGGGAGAUAUAUUGCUAUGUUGACACCUUUACUAGCCUGGUGAGUCUGAAAUUAAUUUUAUUAAAAAGAAACAGUUUGAUUAUCAGCGUCUCGUUUCUGCCAACACCCAGAGGAGUCUGAGAUAAUGGGAUCUAUAGGUCAUUUUUGUAAUGACCCAAUAAAAGACUAAAAAUGAGAUGUACGAAGCUCUAGAUCACUUACAUUAAUGACUAAGGUGAUGAUAACAGCAAAGCAAAAAGAAAGAAGUUUUAAAGCAGUGACAGCAUCACUCCCUAACCCUUAAAUGUUUAAUCGACAAAUGUGCAAAUGUUUGCAUUUACUUUAUUCUUUAGAGUGAC